AUGAGGCGAGUUUCCUUAAGCUCUAGUGGGCGACUGCCUCUGCUCCAGGGGCAGCCGCGCCUCGCAGGUCGACGCCGAGCGAAGCCUGCGUCAUCUUCUCCUCUUCAAACCCGGCUGCCCACUGUCUCUCUACUCUCCCUCUCUCCCUCUUCUUCUUCUCUUCCUUCUCGAGCCGGCAGCCUCAGGACGCCUGCGUCGUCGUGCCUCUCGCUGUCUCCUCAGCUCCAUCCUCGCCCGUCUGUCGUCUCUGCCUGCGCCUUCUCUGCGCUUCCUUCUCCGCUCUUCUGGCGGCAGCUGCUUCGCAGCUACUCUCAGCGCGCCUCUGCAACUCUCAGGGAGCCUUUGGCACGUCGCGAGGGCGAAGAGGGCGCGACCGAAGGCCCUCGAGAGAGAGACGCAGAUGCGUUUUUGCCUCUGCUGGCGGGGAGGCGAGACGUGAGUGACGAGCACGCGUGGCUCGAGGUCAUCCGAGGAAUUCAAGAAAAGCGCGAGGGGAGCGCCGCAGCGCUCUGGCUCAACGCCGUCGCGCCGUCGGCGUCGCCGCUCGCGGUGCUGCAGGCGGCAGUGGCGCUGCAGGAGCGCAAAUGGCUGGGCAGCGGCGAGGGCAAGAAGGACGAGGCGAAGCAGCGCGGCAGGCCCCCCCCGAAGGCCUCGAGCUGCGCUAAUAUUCAGAAAACGCUGCUGCGGAAUGUCCACACGUUCGCCGACCCGUUCUUCGUUCUGGCGCUCAAGUUGCUGUUUUCCUCUUCUUUCACCCUCCCUCCGAGCGACCGCGCUUACCUCAUGAGGCUGGUCGAUCAGCGACUCUCCUCCCUCCCCCCUCAGCUUCUUCCGCACGUGGCUGCGGCGCUCACGCAAAAUCAGUCAGGCCGCGCCUCGCCAGUCUCGCCCGCCGCGCUCGCAGAGUCCACGGGAUCGCACGAUCCUAAAUCGUCGCCUUCGCUGCCUCCUCUCUCGUCGUCAGAGUCGCCUUCUGCCCAGCUGUCUGCAGCGUCUCUGGCGGCCGCGGCGGCCGCUGGACCUUCGCCACCUCUCGAGGCGCUUGUGCGGCGCCGCGUGGCGGAGAAGGUGCUGCCUCGGCUGCUGUCUGAUGCGCGCGAGACGCUCUUUGCGCCGGCGCACGCAGACUCGGUUUUCGAGCCGACAGCCUCGCAGGCUCGGGGCGAGCCCUGGGCGGGGGCAGCGCUCGGCUGCGACGCGCUGAAGGGCUCGACGAUGACGGCGAGCCUCACGGCAUGCGUGGCGAGUCUUUGCAAGCUGGCGCCGCUCUCCGUCGAAGAACGCGUCGCACUGAAAGCGGUCGUCAAGGAAGUUGUGCGCGAGGCGCGGGAGUGGCGGGCUCCCAAAGAAAGUCCCUCUGCGAGCGAGACGGCAUCGCGCGCGGCGGCAGAGCGACCCAACGCCGCGCCGGAAGAGAAGCUGCCCGCUGGCGCCGACGGCCUCGAUGCAGAGAAGGUGAACAGUUGGCUCGAAAUGACUGAAACGCACAGCGGCGCAGCAGCUGGGAAGCGCCUCCAGGAGCCGUCGCCAAAGCCGCCGCUCGCCGCGUCGCAGAUGGUGGCGCGCGAGGCGCGCGUCCUCGCGGAGCUCCUCCAUCUCCCCGCCGCGAUGGCCGCGCUGGGCUCGGCGGACGCGCUGCUUUUCUUCGAUGCACUGGAUGCAUCCUACAAGUUCUUCCCGUGGUUCACAGACGCGCAACUCGCCACCUUCUGCCGCCGAGCUGCCCUGAUUCAGUUCGAAAAGAAAAGCGACGCCGAGCAAAUUAAACGCGUUGACGGUUUUCAUCUCUUCACGUUGUUUCUGGCUGACCGCCUGUCGUCGAUGUCGCCGCCGCGCCAGGCGAAACUCGGCUCGUUGUUGGCCGCGCUUGCGCUGAAUCAUCCGCCGGCGUUUUCUGCGUCGCUCAAGCGCCUCGCCUCGUCCUUCCUCGCCGUCGUGCAUCCGAGCCUCGUCAGGGGAACCGGCAAUCUCUGGAGCGGCGUAGAUCCGCUUCAGGCGCCUGCGUUGUCGCGCUACUUUUCGCGGUUUUUCUCUCCGCCGGCCUACUGCUCCUUUAUUCUUCUCAUCUCGCGCACGUUCGCGCUGUUCGCUUCAGCCGGCGGCGAGGAAGACCUGCGCAAGCUGCGCGCCGCGCUGCGCGUCUACCAGAAGAGUCUGGAGCGCUUCUCACAGGAGCGCCGGCUGCUUGCCGCAGCUUCAGAGGCAGACCUGAUUGCCCUACUCGAAGCCUCUCUGCGCCUGAGCGCGGCCUCUCUCGGCGAGAAGAAGGAGAAAAGGGUUGACCAGCGCGACGCGGGCGCGUUUGAGUGCAACUCGGAGAUGACGCCCGUGUUCAGCGACGUCCUCGACGCUCUCCAUAAACGCGCGAACUCCCUCACAGCUCCGCACGCGGAGCUGCUUCUCGGCGUGUUGAGUCUCAUCGGGCGGCGCCCAGGCGACUCGCGGAAGCACGACAAGCAGCCGCCGCCGUCGCCUUGCGUUCUCAGCGCGUCCACGAGUGCCCUUCUUGCGCGGCUGCUUCACAUCGCCGCCACGCGCAGAGACGCGCUCCCAUCGACCGCCUCGGCGUCGUCUGCCACGGCGGCCGCCUACGACGUCUUCCCGAAGCUCGGCGGCGACUCGCCCCUCGCGCCGACGCGACGGAGGGCGACGGAGGAAGAUGCCUUUCUCCGCGCGAGGCCGCUCUCCUUUAACCAGUUUCUGCUCGCCUGCAGCGAAGACGUGCGCGGCGACGGCGACCGCCGCGCUGAGGCGGAUGGGACGGGCUUGGUCACGCUGACGCAGAGCCGCGUGAAGCAACUGCGCGUCGCCAUGCAACUCCUCCUCCCGCGCCCACUCGAGGUGUUCCGCACGAGCGGGAUGCCGGAAGACGUUUUGGCGCUUCUGCUCUUCUCGCUGGAGGCGACGAUUUGGGUUCUGGGAGAAAUCGAGGCGCAGUCGACUUUCGUGUCGCUCUCUGCGCCUUCGCGGCGCGAGCGCCUCGACGGGACCGCCCCCGGCUCUCCCUUCUCUGCUGCUUCUGCCUCUUUUGAGUCGGCGGCCGCCGAGGAAGAGGGCGAUGCCGCCGACGCGGCAGACGCCGACAGACGGGACCGCGAAGCGGCGCUGCUGACGGUCUUUGGCGUGACGCGGCAGACGCUCGCAGGCGCCCUCGGCACCUGCGGCCUGCUGCUUGAGGAAAUGCACAACAAAGACCGACGGCGAACACAAGUUGUGGGGUUGACGUCGCGGCUGGCUCGCUUGGUGCCGGCGGACGUCGCAGCGUCGGUAGACCGCCGGCUGCUCACCGAGUCGCUACUCCGCGCGCUUCCGAGCGACGUGGACGCCCUCCGUCUGCAGUGCGUGGAGCUUCUGGGCCUUCGCGCGAUCAAGCGGCAGGAAGUUCUGUUUGAGAAGAAUCGCAAACGAAAGGAGAAGCGGCGCCAGCAGGGGCUGCGGCGCGAGCACGCCAUGCAGGCAGGCGGAGAGGAGGAGCUCAGCGCCGACGUAGGGCGAGAAGGUGAACGCCCCGGUGCCCAAGUCGCCUGA